AGUUUGACCAGCUGUUUCUAACAGCUUUUAAUGUUUGACUUUAUAUUACAUAUUCAAAACGGUCAGACAAAAACCUGAAAACCGAAACGUAUACGAUCUUUCGUCAGCUGUUUAUAAAUAGGCUUUUCCUUGUUUUGGUUUUAUUUUGCACUAAAAAUCCUAUUUAAUUCAAUCGCGAAAUAUGCCUGAGAGAUCGUUAAAAGGUUGGUUUAAGCUCGCUUUCCAUUUGUUCGUCAGCGAACAGUGGGAAAAGGUCAGAGAAGUCGUCGAAGACAAUGACGCUACCUACAGAUGGUUGAAGGAACAAAUUCUGCGCGAGAUUCGCAUCAUCGAAGAAAGAGCGUUUCGAAGUUUCCUCGGUUCGGCAGCUCUAAACGUACGUGAUCGACUCAUCGCGUUGAAACAUGUCAACCCUGACGAAGAAACUUUCAAUAAAGUCAAGUUUUGGUUGAAGCAGCAGGCAGGAAAGUUUACUUUAGAAGACAGCGACAACUCGACAGAAGACAGAGUGGUUGGGUGCAAGAUUGCCCUGCUCGAGGCUUCGUUCCUGUACUUCGACGAACCCCAAGUGGUAGCUAAAUACUUUCGCUUUUUGCUGACAAAACUGCGUGGCGUUGGCGGUGUGGAUUCUGCGAUUCAGGCAAAAGACAACCCCACUAUUUUAGCUCAAGUGAAGAUCGUUAACGAUGCAGCCAAGGAAUACGUAUUAAGUCUGGGACAAGAGCUCGGUGAUUGGCCGGAUUUUGAGAUCCCCUCCGAGGCCCUACCGACUGACAAGGCCGAUUAUGAGCCCCCGGAGAUUUGGUGCUUCGGUGAUUAUGGCAUGGCUGAUGGUCAGAUGAGUUACCCUGAGAAAGUGGCCAUCGACAAAGACGGCCAGUUCCUCGUGCUGGAAGAACACACAAUUGGAAUGGGUGGAGUGGAGACCAUCCAGAGAAUUCAGCUGUUCAGCCCCAAAGGGAAAUUCUUAAGAUGCGUGCUGAAAAGAGGGCAAGGAAAAGUUAAUGGUAUGACGGAUUUCUGCCUCACCAAAGAUGGCAACAUUCUCGUCGCAGAUGAUGACGAAGACGGUAAAAGCAGAAUUCAGAUAUUCGACUACGAAGGUAACACGCUUUUGCAGAUCACCUCAGAGGUCGAAGCACCGGACAUGGCUACUCGUUUCAAUAGCCUAGCUGUCGAUCCCGACAGCAAGAUCAUCGCCGGAGACUUCGUUGCCAUGUGUGUCCACGUGUUUUCCACCGAGGGUAAAACCGUCUGCAAGUUCGGAAAGCUGGGUCGAGGAGAUGGCGAGUUCCAGACCAUCAGCAACGUGGCUUGUGACGUCACCGGGAAAAUCUACGUAUCGGAUUCAGUACUUAAAAGAAUCCAAGUGUUUGACAGUGAUGGAAAUUUCCUGUCCGUGUUUGGUCCCAAUGGCACUCACCUGCGCUAUAUGGUGUUUGACGCUACAAGAGGCGAGGUGUACGGUUCCGACUACGAGAAUCACAAAGUCAAAGUGUACACGACGGUUGGCGAGCCGCUGAGAGCGCAUGGAAAAUACGGCACCGCCCUGAACGAGUGUUGGUUUCCGUACGGCCUGGCUCUGAUGAACGACGGUAAGGUGGCCGUUGCCGAGAGGGAGAAUCACAGGAUCACCGUGGUGAAGAUAUAAGAUGCUGGCACAAAGGAUGAACGCUGCAGCUAAUUAAAGAAAGAAGAAAAAUUUGCAAGGUGUAUGAAAUAUAAUUUUUCACGUUAUUAUUGUAAGAUAGUUGUGUGGCGAUAAGUAGAUUCAUUGGUAUGCAGGCUACGUAAUUUUGCUAAGAAGUUGACAUUUAAGGAGUUUGUCCGUUAGGAGUUGUCACUCGACGGCAUCUCUGAUUUUGAUCACUUCAUUCGGAAAAUCUUGUUUAAGUAAAAUUCCCGUGUUUUUAUUUAGUACAUUUGUUGAAUUAAUAAUUAUAACAGGGCCGUUUAUGUUUGCUGUAAUAAACUUUGCUAGGGCUGUUUAUGUCUGAUCAAUAAGGGAGACGCCCCCUCUUGUAUGAGUGGUGUUUUCUUGCUUGUUUUAAGUUCAAAAUUAUUUUGUUCGCGUUUCACUGCAGUGAUUAGACAGCAAAUACAGAUUGUCAAAAUUUACUUUUUGGCACUUUUUUUUUUGGGGGGGAGGGGGGUACAGUGGUAAUGACAGUGCGGACUAUUCUUCCAAGAAUACGGCCGUAGUGCCUGAAAUUUGAAUAGACCAAUCAGAAAUCAACAGGCGGGAAAAACUGGCUUAUGUGGAAAAUUGCUAUUGAAGUUCUCUUUUAAUUUGCGUCCUCGGUGCUCUAAUAACAUUGUUUCAGUUAGAGCACAAUCAGUGCUUUAUUUUUGGGAAUGAAACCAUGGAUAAAUAGUCCAGGAAUUUAGCCAAUCACAUCAUGUCUUCAGACCUUUCGCUCGUGCCAAAGCCGCGUCGGCGUAGAGGAACUGGCAACUCUGGGGGCGAGAAUGGAUAAAGAGUAGGAAUUAAAGCUUUCUCGAUAUAUACUGUAACAAAAGUCAUAAGACUUCAAAAAAAAAAAUAAUAAAAUGACGCUUGUUAAAACUGUGCACGUUGUCAUUUCGAAAGACAUCAUUUCUCCUGGAUUUCGAAGCUGAUUUUGGGCGUUAAUCUUUGAUUUCAAAUCAACCAAAACAUGCUUAUUUUUGGAAUUUACGCCAGACCGGCGAUUGUCAAUUAACUUGAAUAGCGAUCUUGAUCAAUCCAGUUCUAAAACACAGUACAAACUUGCACCCGUUAUAGUGGCCCAUCAGGCCGGAGCAGUUAUCCCGGUUUCUGUACCAUAAGGGACCGGUCACUAUUUAUCACCUGGGGGGUGGCAGAGGACUUAGGAGGGGUUAGGAUGUCAGAAGGGGGGAUCAGUCAAAAUAUCACAUGCCCAUACAGACUUGGUGAACGGCUAUUUAGCACUCUAAAAAGUGACUUUGCAGUUUCCAAGCACUUGGGAUGGUUAGAUUGCUGGUAUGUCAACUGACAUCAGUCACAGUGUUCUCAAUAGGCGAAUCUUUGCUGACGUCAUUGCUUACAUUUUUCCUCAUUAACAUACGACU